AUGCGCUGCAGCGGGCGUCAGCAGCUUCCUCUCUCCUGCAGGGCACUCGAUGUGCUGAAGGACUUUGCGCCCGGCGCUCAGCUGCCCGUUCUGCUCUACAACGGAGACUCCAAGACCGAUACGGUCACCAUCGAGGACUUCCUGGAGGCCAGGCUGGCCCCCCCGCGUCAGUUCCCCAGCCUGGUCCCGCGGUACAAGGAGUCAAGGCUGGCUGGAAACGACAUCUUCCACAAGUUCUCCACCUUCAUCAAGAACCCAGUGCCUGCUCAGGAUGAGGCGCUGCAGCGGAACCUGCUGAAGGCUCUGCUGAAGCUGGAUGAGUACCUGAGCACACCCCUGGAGCAUGAGCUGGCCCGAGAGCCCCACCUCCGCACCUCCCUGCGUCGCUUCCUCGACGGCGACCAGCUCACGUUGGCUGACUGCAACCUGCUGCCCAAGCUCAACAUCGUGCAGAUUGUCUGCCAGCAUUACCGCCACUUCGGCAUCCCCAAGGACCUGCAGGCGGUGUGGCGCUACCUUAACAACGCUGCUGAAACCAAGGAGUUCAAAUACACCUGUCCCAGCAGUGAGGAGAUCGUGCAGGCCUACCGCUCCGUCGUCCGGUCCCCGCAGUGAGCCGGGCAGACGCCCAGGCGGGCACAGGGCCGGGCACCAGCUCAGCACCUGCCUGGUCCUGCUGCUCCCACCGCCAUCCUGCCUGUAUGCGCUUGGGAGGGCAGAGCAUCAGCACCCAAAUUUCCCCAGCUGGCACCCGAGGUGCCUCACACUGAGCCUGCCAACGCUUUCUUGCUUCUCGUGUCACCCUCCCUGCCUGGCCGGGACACCCUUGACCCACCCUGCGGUCCCUCAAGCAUUAAGGAUGGGUACAGCCAUGGGCACUGCUUGUAACAGAACUGGGCAAUGCUGAGGAAAGAGUGGGGGCUGGGGAAGAAAAGCUGCCUGGAGGGCAGUGCACUGCAGUGGGAAUCCCUGCAGCCUCCCACCACGCGAGCUGCCCUAAGCAGGGCUGUGGCCAGGACAGCAGGCAUUGCAGGGUGUCUGAGCAGCAGCAGAGGGUGAGGGGAACAGGCACAGCUGUGGCAAAGCCCUGGGAAUGGAGCUGGGGGGGGACACUGCAGCACCCUGCCCUGUCACCACAGCCCUGGCAAGGGGAGCAGAGGGCAACGUCCCACCAGAACUUGCUGCUAGGAAGCUCUGGAGCAGAUUUGGGACAGGGAUGGGGAUGAAAUGGGGAAAGUCCAAGCCAUGUAUCAGAGCACUUGGAAAUCAA